UUACCAGUUACUUCCCUUUAAAUUGAUGCGUAGGCGUUAACAACAAGCCCAUCUCACCGGUAAAUUAAUUGAUAUCAGCCAAAAUGGAAAUCGAGGAUCAUCCCAUUAUGAAAAAGAUUAAACAUUACAAUAUUACUGACGAGGCAGAUUCGUACAUGGUUUUUCAUGUAUAUAUGGAUCUUUGUGAAGUUCAGAAUUGGUGGAAUGUACGUGUCCAUAUGUGUCCAGAACUGAACUUAUUGUUCCUCUCAGGUCAUCCAAACUGUAGUGAACCACAAGAAAUUGUGCUACCUAUUGAAUGUACAAAACAGAUUAGUCCUCAAGACUUAAAAAAAUAUACUUCAUACCUCAAAGUAGAGAAAUGUCCCAAUGACAGUUUAACUGUUGCUGUCUAUGAAAGUGAUUCAACUAUUGUAUAUCUCCGAGUCAAGGCAGGUCUUUUAUUUCCUAACAAUCCAGACACUGAAGCUCACUCAUCGCAAGCUGUAUGGAACAGAAAUCUUUUUAUGUCUCAAGAAGAAAAAGAUUUUCAUUUUCAUCAGUUUCAACAAAAAUACACUGGCUGACUGUUGUAAAGAACAUUCCAAUUUGAAUCUCUUCCAAACUAGCAUAUAUUUCUUGUGUUAGUUUUUAUGAUUAUAGCUGUUAUCAGCUAAUAUAAUGGCUUUUUUGGACAUGUUUUAAACUCUGUUGACAUGAAAAGAAGGGAAAAAAUUUAAAAACAUAUGUAGUAUUUGAAUCAUAAAGAUUUUUUUAUAUAUAUACAUUCAUAUACAUAUAUAUAUAUAUAUAUAUAUAUAUAAAGGACCGUCUGUGUGCUUGUGUACCUGAAUGCAUGCAUGUACAUUUGUGUGUAUGUGUGUUUAUUGGUAUAAAAAUUCUUGAUACUGUCACAAUAUUUGAAGAAAGAUUUUCUUAAAUUAAAAAUUAUUAAUUAGACAAAAAUAUUCUCUAAAAACAAAGAAACUGAAAAAUACAAACCAUGUGAAAGGAAGCUUUUUUCCUUAAGGUUUGUGUUGAUCAUUGUUUUAAAUAUAUAUAUAUAUAUAUAGUUAUAUUAUUCUAUUCUGAAAUAAUAUUUUACUUUAAAAGAACUAUUUCAAGAAGAUUGUUACUCAUUUGGGAUUUAUCAAUUGUUUAUCAAGUUUAUAGUAUUAUUGAAUUUAGUGUCCUGGCAAACCAAGUUUGCAACCAGCUUUUCUAUUCCUAUGUGAAGCCAGUUUACUUCACUUAUGUUGUUAAUAUCUUUUGGAAAGGCAUGAAUGUUACAAUUGCCCAUUCCAUUUCUCCAAUAGACAUUUUCCUUCUCUUGUUAAAUGUUGUAGAAAACAUACAAUCAAACAAAGAAAACAUACAGAAUAAAUUGCAUAGUUUGUUUUCUAUAACAAACACAAAAUGGGAAUACAUAUUCUUUAUUUGUUGCCAAUAGUGAUGUAGUUUGACUACAACAGGAUAAAGUUAUUGUUAAUUUAAAAGGGGCCACAAUAGUACCUUUUAAAUCAAGGAAUGUUGCUCAAAUGUUCUGAAACGGCAAUCUUAUAAGGAGUGUUGGAGUAUAUUUAUAUAUAUAUAUAUAUAUAUAUAUAUAUACAUUUGUGUGCUUGUAUGUGUACAAACGAGUUAUCAGUUGUAGACAUGACUGCACUAAUGUAUGUAUAAAAUAAAUGUGUGGACAUGCAAGUGAGUCUGUAAUAGAUGUGUGUAUAUAAAUUAUGCAUACAUAUGUGAUGUUACAAUCCAGAUAACACAUACUUUCAGUAAAAGCAAGCUAGAAAGUAAUGUAAUUAUAUUUUUGAUAUAGAAUAGUCUAUUCUGUUGAUGACAGCAUGUGUAGAAUGACUGAUUUUGAUGCAACUUGUGUUGAAAGGGCUAUGAAACAGUAAGAACUGUAUAUUGUGGCAUUUUUGGCUAUGCAUUGUUGCAUGGCUGUGCAUUGUGUGCAAGGUCACUGUUGCUAUGAGAACUGCAUUGGCUACUAUUAAUGACCUCUGUAUCUAUGGAGCUGUUUGUUGGGUCACUGCUAUCAGCAAUUAGAUAUGCUUGUUGAUAUAACAACAUUCUAGUUGUGGAUUGGUUGCUAGGAAUUAAUUUAGCCAUCAAAUUUAUUUAUUUCACCUCAAGAACAUGCCACAAAUAUAGUUUUUUAUCAUUUUGGGGAAAGAUUCCUUAUAAUAUAUCACAUGUGUAAGUCGCAACAGCCUUCCUGCAGUUCCCCCUUUUCAAUUGGAAAGGGUUAUCUGUUAAUAUGUAUUAAGUUUACACAUUGAAUGUGUAAACUUCUUUGAACAACUGGAAUUUGAAGCAUCUAUAGUUUCAUUGAUAUUUAAAAGUUAUACUAAUAAAAUGACAUUUAAAAUUAUUUAUUAUAAUUGUAGCAAGAGAAAUCUAAUAAAAUAAGUGUUAUUUAAAUAACAUCCAUAAUAAUA